CAGCUGCCACCCACCAGUACCCCCGGUCCUUUUGGGCAGGGCUGUGCUCUAUCCUUACGUCCCCCAGCUCGUACUGACAGUGGGUGCUGCCAUCACCCAGGUGCACACCUUGCACUUGUCUUUGUUGAACCUCCUGAGGUUCCCCUGGGCCCAGAGCUCAGCCUGUCUGGCUCUCUCUGGAUGGAAUCCCAUUCCUUUAGUGUGUCAAUGGCACCACACAGCUUGGGGUGUAUCUGCAAACUGCUGAGGGUGCACUCGAUCCCACUGACAAUGUCAUCAAUUAAUACGUCAGUGAGCACCAGCCCCAGCACUGACCCCUGAAGGACACCACUUGCCACCCAUCUCCGUCCGGACACUGAGCCAUUCACCACUACAGCCAAUGGCAUCAGAGGACUGCAUUCAUUCUAGAUGUGACAAAGCUUUUUGGGUGGUACAGUAAGCAUUUAUUAUCCUAAAGAAGGAUACUGAAUUUCUCAGCUUCAUAUGUAACACGAGGUAAUUCAGCCACCUUACAAACAGAGCAAUUCAUUCACCCAGGCCACAGGACGCUGACGGCCCCCGCCGCCUCCCGAGCCGCUCGGGGCGCACAGAGCGCGGCGUCACCGGGCGGAAGCGCGGCCAUUGGGGAGCCGAGCGAUGGCGGAGCGCCGCGUUUUGCUGCUGGGCGAGGGCAACUUCUCGUUCGCCGCCGCGCUGUGCGAGACCGCCGGGAUCCGCGUGGUGGCAACCUGCUACGAGAGAGAGGAAGAGGCGGCGGCGCGGGGCCGGGCCGCGGAGAGCAUCCGGCGGCUGCGGGAGAGGGGAGCUGAAGUUAUGUUUUCUGUGGACUGCACCAAGCUGAAGGACUAUUUUUUACCAGCAAAAAGAGAAUUUGACUGUAUUUAUUUCAACUUCCCUCACUGUGGGAGGAAGGCUGGGGUGGUGAAGAACAGAGAGCUGCUCUCACGCUUCUUCCAUAGCUGUGCAGAAGUGCUGACGCAGGAUGGAGAGGUCCAUGUGGCUCUUUGCAGGGGGCAGGGUGGCACACCUGCUGAUCAGCCCAGGAGAGAGUGGCACAACAGCUGGCAGGUGGUGGCAGUGGCAGCAGGAGCUGGCUUCAUCCUGAGCGAUGUUCAUCCCUUCCGAGCAGAGACUGCCCAUGGCUAUGAAUGUACGGGGUACAGGAGUCAAGAUAAAUCGUUCUGCAUAGAGGGUGCUUUAAACCACGUUUUUACUCGAAGCACACCACUUCGGUAUUGCAAACCUCUGAUCUGUGAGAUCGAACUGGAAAGAAAAAGAAUUUCAUUUCAAGUACCGCAAGUACUUCUGGAUAAAAUUAACAGGGGUUUCCUAGAGCGAAAUUCAAACCAUCCAGUACGGACAAUAAAGGAGAAGCUCACUGCAGUGCUCAGCCAAGCCUUCCCACUGCAGAGCAUUGACUAUUGUCUUUCUCUGCUCCUCCAAGGUCACCUGAAUGCUGUUUGUCACUCAAACAUUUUUUGGAUCCUUCCAAGCCCAGAUGAGACUCCAAGCACUGAAGAAAUGGCCAGUGGGCGGGCAAACACAAUUUUAUUUUCCCAUGUUGAUUUUCAUGGGGACACAGAUAAGAAUGUACAAGAGGGAUGUCAAACUCCAAAACGGUGUUAUCUUAGACCUUCCCUUCUGCCUUAUGCUCAGGCAAUAAUAAAAAGUGCAGCCUUUGUCCCAAGAACACUUUACGUUUUUUCUGGCCCAGUUUUCAGAAAGUGCCGCAUCUCUCCUUACUGUAUGCCUGUUUUUCAUGAGAUGCUUUUUGUAUGUGCAGUUAAUCAAGGUUCAGAGAACAGCUGUAUACAGAUGGUAGUGGAUAAAAUUAAAACCAGCAUACGUUUUCUUCACCAGACCAUUUCUGAUUUUAAGUUGAGCAUUAGUAUGCAAGAAGCAAUGAGCUUGGGAACAGCUGAGCUCAAUGACUUUGCUGCUUUUGAAUCUCAGCUUGGUAAAAUUCAGUUCUUCCUCUGCAUGGAGGCAGAUACUCGGGACUCCUCAGAGAGGGGCUCCUGUGUGGGUGCAGUAAGGACAGCUCCGUAUGAGCCAGAAGGCAGUGAUUUGGUUGUUGUCUUUGUUUCACUGAAUCUGGACCUUGUGGCCAUGCUCAUCUGUGCUAUAGAUGACUGGCGCAUGCUUUGGACAUCAGACGCACGCUUCCUCCAUCAGUUUCCUGCAGGAGAGCUACGGAUUUUCAGGAGCUUCUCUCUCUACCCACCUUCUUAUGUGCAUGAUGUCAGCUUUUGGCUUCCUGAUGGGGAACAAUUUGAUGAUGUUGCUUUUCACACCAUUGCUAGAGAAGUGUCAGAUGAAGCAGUGGCAUCUAUCCAUUUGCUCGAUGACUUCCAGCAGCCGGGGACGGGCCGGAAAAGCCUGUGCUGCCGGCUCACCUUCCAGAGCUGCGACAGGGCGCUGGGCCGUGGGGAGGUGGCAGCCAUGCAGUUGCGCUUCAGGGAGGAAAUCUCUCAGCGACUGCGUGUGGCCCUGCGGUAGGGCUGUGUGCUGCUGCUGUCUGCAGAACAUGGCUGCAUCUCACAGUGCUGUGUGGUGUUGCAGUGCCCCUUACAAAGGUGGAGUUCAGUAUCUGCCUACAUUGUAAAUGUGGAAAAUAAAAAGUGGACACCUCCAUGCUAUGCGUGUGUGUGUGUAAUGAAAGCUUGUUUCUUAAAGUAGAGCCUUUCUUUGAUAGGGUAAGCUGAUCAUAAAAGGUAAAAAGAUAUCAGCCCAAGCGAGUCUGAGAACACUCCAUGAGGCUGAAUGUGUGCACGUUUGUGGGGUCAGGACAUAUCAUCCCCUGGUUCUGUAAGAACUGGCUGAUGUGGUUGCUAAGCUGCUCUCCAUCAUAUCUGAAAAAUUGUGUCUGACAGGUGAAGUCUGUGGUGACUGGAAAAAAGGAAACAUCACUACUAUUUUAAGAAAAGAAAGGGAGAAAGGAAGACUCAGGGAACUGCAGGUCAGGGAGUCUUACCUCUGUGUCUGGGAAGAUCAUGGAGCAGAUCCUCCUGGAAGAGAUGUUAAGGCACAUUGAGAUGAAGGGAUGAUCCAAGACAGCCAGCAUGGCUUCACCAACAGCAGAGCGUGCCUGAUCCAUCUGGUGGCCUUCUGUGAUGGAGUUAUGGCAUUGGUGGGCAAAGGAAGGACAACUGAUGUCAUCAACCUGGAGUUGUGCCUUUGCACAGUCCUGCACCACAUCCUUAUCUCCAAAUUGGAGAGAGAUGGAUUUGAAGGCUGGACCAUUUGGUGGAUAAGGAAUUGGUUGGAUGGUUGCAGCCAGAGGGCUGUUGUCAAUGGCUCCACAUCCAGGUGGAGGCCGGUGAUGAGUGGUGUCCCCCAGGGGUCCAUCUUGGGACCGGUGCUCUUCAGCAUCUCUAUCAAUGACUCAGAAGAUGGAUUUGAGUGCACGCUCAGCAAAUGUUUGGAUGACACCAAGCUGAGUGGUACAGUGGACACAACAGCAGGAAGGGACGCCAUCCAGAGGGACAUUCCAGGGGGAACGGCUUUAAACGACAAGAGGAGAGAUGUGGGUUAGCUGUGAGGAAGCAAUCCUUUGUCAGAGGGCGGCGAGGCGCUGGCACUGCUGCCCAGAGCUGUGGGUGCCCCAUCCCUGCAGGCACUCAAGGCCAGGUGGGAUGGGGCCCUGGGCAGCUUGAGCUGGUGGGGGGCAGCCCUGCCCAUGGCCGGGGGCGGCACUGGGUGGCUCUGAGCUCCCCUCCGAACUGAGCCGUUCUGAGAUGACUGAGAUACAGCAGCGCCGUGCUGCAGGCAGUUAC